CGUCCCAAAGAAAGUAAACAGCUCACUUGCUUUUUGGCAAUGCUUAGAUAAGGUUCUGGAAUAUCUUCACUCUGGUCUUUUCUCAAGCUAAAGUUUGUCUGAAAAAUGGCAACACGAGUCUUUUUGCGUUCUGACGAGGAGUUUAUGAAGGACCGUGAGAAGGACAUUGCAUCUCUACACCUUAACAGCCCAGAGUCCUUGGGUAAAGGCAUCCAAGAUAAUGACAGAGAUCUCCUGAAGAAGAAAUCCGGACUUGAAGGUUUUCGAGGUGUCAAUUUGCCAGAUAAGUUUAAGUGGAAUCUUGGCUACACAACGGAAAAUGGCAUUCAGGAGAGCAUCACACAACGGGACCCCCAGCUAGCCCUCAGGUCUACGGAGAAGGUACAGGAUGUGCGGAGGUCCAGAGAAGCUCUGUAUAAUGACCUUCUUGAAGAAUACAGACAGCUGCCUUCUCCAGUUCGGUCUUCACUCCGAUCUCCAGGGAAAUCUCCCACUCGGCUCAAGGAGGGCUUCAGGGUGACAUUCGCAGACAACACCACUUUGGACUCGGCCUCUAAUGGUACUGUGAAGCCAGCCUGGACAUCUACAGCUCAGACUUCUGUGUCCAAUGGAACAGAACGCUCCUUUGCUUCCAGAGAGUCUCAGACUGCAAAGUCUGCAAAGAUGGCUGAUACUGAUGAGAAGGCAAAUAAUUUGAAGGGUGGGUCGCUACUUGAGAAGCCCUACCAAACACCCUUCACUAAUCUUCUCAAGAGUCAGAUCAACAAGACUGAUGCUGAUGUGGAUGCAGACAAGGCAAAGAACCUGGAACCAGGCCUAUCCUCCAAGUACCUGGAUCCUACUCCUAUCUACUCUGCUGAUCGGGUGUCCUCUCGUCAGGGCCUGGGUGACAGAUUCUCCUCAUUUCCUCUCAACUCCUUCACUUUUCCUUCCACCGAGGAACUCCUUAAGAAACCUUUGACUUGGUCCCAAGAGAAAACACAAAGGAAUCGCCCUCAGUACCAAUCAUCCAGUUCAUCUAUACGGAGAACUGGCAGUUUGAACAGUCUGCUGACGAAGCUGGAGCAGCGAGCACCUGUGGUGGAGGUUUCUGAGAAUUUGGAUAACCCGGUGCCACACAGCACCAGCCCACUUCCUAUUUCAAAUAUCCUUUCAGUGUUGAAGCAACUCCUGGAUCUUGUUGACCGCCACUGGAAUGGCUCCAAAUCACUGCACCAGAAUCACGAGUUCUUGACUCCAGCACAUGAUUUGCUGGCAGGACUGAGCACCUCAGCAAGUGUAGAUUCUCAGCAAAUAAAGAAGCUGGAGCAGAAGAUCCAAGAACUGACUGAAGAAAACAGGUCCCUGAAGAGUCGACCCAGUAUGAUGCUCAAUUCACUGGAGCUGCAAAAAGUUAGGCUGCAGCUGACAGAGACUGAGGAUGACCUGGAAGCCCUGAAGACAAGAUUAGCUGAUGUGGUGCAAGAAAAUAACAAUCUGAGGAUGCAGAUAAUGAAGACAGAACUGAAUUCCUCAUCCUCCCUGCUCUCUCCUGGAAUGGGUACUUCCCAGAAGAUGACAGAUCUAACUGUCAGUCAGCAAGUAAAGCAUUUUGGCAGACUGGAGGAAGCCAUGAACAUGCUGCGGGAGAGCCACAGGUCCUUGGUUUCCACAAAUGACUAUUUACUCCAGCGGCUUAGCAAAAGUGGGGAGCCAGCCAGUCACCCUCUUGAUGACUUCUCUUCCAAAGCCGUUGCGUCUCGCCGUGCCACAGGGUCACCACCUCUGGCGUCUGCUACACGAGUCAGUCAGUACAGCCGGCUCAGCACAUGCCCCAUUUGACUCAGUUAGACCUGAUUUGAGUCUUGAAGACAAACCGAACCUCCAGACAAGACUUGGUCAACGUAUUUAGUACCAUAAGCAUUUAAAAAGAUUGCAAAGGGAGCAGAAUUACCUCCAGCCUUCCAGCUUGGGCUUCUGUGACUUUGGAUGUGACCUCAUGUGUCCUUCAAGCAUUGCUAUCCGACUGACCACCACAAAGGUCAUACUGUAGUGGGAUUUCUGAUUGUACCUCCACGCUCAUCAAGGAGGAUGAGGACGUCACUGAACACAGAAUAUUGAAAGGAUGAUAAGCAGGUUAAGACCAGCCAAGCUUGACUGUUCAUUUACCUUCCAGAAUUUCUGAAUGCAUGUCCUUCAGUCCUUCAGUCCUCCCGCUUGAAAGACUCACACCAGGGAGGGUGGGCUGCCUGGACACGUAGUUGGAUGCAGUCUUGCAGUGACUGCCUUUACAUCAGGAGUCAUUCAAUGGCUGAAUAUUCAGAAUGGAUUCCUGGUCCUGGUCCUGGAGGAGCCACUGAACAACCUUCUUAAGUACGGCCAGCUUCUGCUUUUCAUUAAGCCUUUGCUUGAUUGAUGAUCUGCUUUUUCUGGCUCAUCUUUUAGCCAUCCAGCUCAGGAACUCCUGCUAUGAGCUGCAAACCUUAGCAAACUGUGUGUGUGAGUGAAGUUCCACCGAGUACAGGCUCAAAACACUGGAAUAAGUCCACAGGAGAAACACAACAACUCUGACAAGUUUCAUGACUUACACUCAUAAAACUUCAUAUUAGUAUCACCCACAGCACAACAGGUUGCUGGAAUUGGGUUAAAAUAAGCAUGAAGUCCAUCUGCUCAUUCUGAAAUGUUCACUUUUUGAUUUAUUUCUUUACAGAUUGUAAUGAACUGAUAAUUUAAAAACGUCUUUACAGAUUUGAGGGCACUGAAUCUAAAUCUGGUCACGGAAUUGCUCAGGCACAUAAAGCUUUUGAGAGGGAGAGAUUUAAAACGAAGAAAAGCUAUUAUUUUAGAGAAAAAUGUAAUAUAUUUUUAAAACAAAUUAUUUACACUUGAAAAUUUAGAAAUUACACACAUCAUUUUUUAUUUUUAAUAUAAUUAUGACUUACAAAAAGCAUCCACUUGGUAGAUUCUUCCUCUUAUAGUCCCCUGAAGGUGUUUCACCAUGAUGGACUCACUCAGUCCACUGUCCACCAGACGUCUGUCCAUGUGUGUGAUGUCCUGGUGGGACUUCUCCCCGUGUUCAUCAGAGACCACUUCUCUGUUCUCAGGGGGACAAAAUCUAAAGGAGAGUGCAGGCAGUGGAUUGUAAAAGACAAGCUGCAUACAAGAAGUAGGCACAGGAGGACAGAAGCUCCUCAAGUUGUUCCUCACAGUUUUCCAUCUUUGAAUUCCCACGAAUAUCGUGGCCCAGGCUUUUUGUUUUUUUUCAGUGAAGGAAGGCCGUGACAGCUUUUACUAUUUGCUUAAGACAAUGGAUGGAUCAACCAAACCUUACAAAUAUCCAUAAAAAACAUUUAAACAACAACUUUCACUGUUUUGGACAAUAAAAAGACAUCUUUGUAACCUU